AUGAAGAGACAAUCGUUUGAAUUGGAUCCUCGUGGCGACGUGUGUCUAAUCCUUCGACAACCAAACCAGCAGGAGCUUAUUUGGAACCCAUCUGCGUCGGUCACACCAUCCGGCGACCAAGGGGAAGAGGAAAAGAGUGAUGAAAGCGCCGAUCCCAAGCCCGAGUCUGAGGGUAAACUUCCGGGCGGAUUGGACGAACUCAAUGAGAGCAAUGAGCCUGAGGAAGUGCAAUUUCGACUAUCUUCACGGCACCUGUGUCUCGCGUCGCCUGUCUUUAAUGCUAUGCUAUCCGGAGACUGGAAAGAGAGCAAUGGCACUUUCGAGAGUCCUGAAAAGGUGACUGAAAUGGAGACACGGAAGACAUCCGACACAAGACUGCAACUGCGUUAUGAGAUAGCAGCAACGGAGUGGAACGUCGAAGCGUUUACCCUCUUGAUGAACAUUAUUCACGGCCACCAUCGUAAAGUGCCGCGGUCCAUCGACUUGGACACCCUUGCAAUGGUUUCCGUCCUCGUAGAUUAUUACAAGUGCCACGAAAUAACAGAUGUCUUUGCCCAAAUGUGGGUGGUGAAGCUCAGCCCCGGCUUGCCAACCUCAUACGGCCGAGAGUCUAUGAUUUGGCUCUUCGUAUCAUGGGUCUUUUCGGAAUCCUUGAUUUUCCAGCAAAUGACGGCGCUAGCUAUGAAAGAAGGUGAUUGCUCGCUCGAGACUACGAGUUUGCCACUGCCUCCCUUGCUAUUGGGUGACAUUGAGCAAAAGCGAAUAAGUGCACUUCAUCUCGUUCUACGCGCGCUUCACGACUUGCGCGAAGACCUUAGUAAAGGUAGCAAAGGCUGCAACUUUGAGUGCUCGUCUAUGACUCUUGGUGCGCUCAUCAAAGGAAUGGACAAGCACAAGCUCAACCAAGAUCAACUUCCGGAUUCAUUCUGCGACCAAAGCUUAAAACAAUUCAAAGCUAUUCUACUGGCAUUUGAAAAGCCAACCUGGUUUAGCUAUCCAAAAGAUCCCAGAUAUCUCCCUUCCCAGCACCAUUGCAGCGUUCAAAGCAUGCUUGAGCCAGCAAUUAAGCGUGUUUGCAGCAAUCUGGUUGGCCUGAAACUACAUGAUUACCGAGCCUAUCGCUUAGGCGUGGGCUGCUGCCAGAUUAUUGCUACUGCUACUGCUACUACUGCUACUACUGCUACUACUGCUACUACUGCUACUACUGCUACUACUGCUACUACUGCUACUACUGCUACUACUGCUACUGCUACUACUGCUUUUACUGCUGCUUUUACUGCUAUUAUUAAAAAUAGGAUUUAG